AUGGCUACCGAGAAACGCAACUUUUCCAGUCUCUCCUUCUCCUCGAAGAAGCAUCUCAAUGGUGACACUUCAGGUUCCGGUACACAUACGCCUACCACUACCAAACUCAAGAACUUUUUCCGCAUCAACAGCGGUGGCAGUCAAACUUCUAUAGGCUCAGAUGGUUUACCUACCCCCAAGACCGAGACAAAGCCCCUCAAACAAUCCCGAUUCCUACCAGCCUUGGGCCGAAACCGUUCUACCACCAUUGCCAGCGACGGGCAUCCCCUUGACGAUACUAUAGCCUCCCCCACUGCACAGGCCAAUCCUUAUUUCAUCCAUCAAGGUCUCCCUGCUUUGCGCCAUCAUAACGAGGGUAGUGUCCCCCCUUCUCCUCCCGAUACCCCAAAGGUCCAGGUCAAUGGCGCAACGCCUCAGGAAAAUCUGGUCUCUGCAGGAAAGGAAGAACUGGCCAGGAAACUAAGACGAGUGGCAUCUGCUCCCAAUGCCCAGGGUCUUUUCAAUGCCAAUAAGACUGCUGGAGAUCGACCUCAGACGGCAGAACUGGGCAAGGAACCUCUCGAGGUCGGAUCAGGGUCUUCUCCUAAACUAGGAAUGAUAGCCCAGGAAGAUGCUAGCACAUUGAGUCUGCCUGGUCUUCCAAAGCCUGGGGCCAAAUCUCCUCUACCGGGGCAGAUCCGACAGUCAAUUGCUUUUCGGCGAACGUAUAGUUCGAACUCGAUCAAAGUCCGAAACGUUGAGGUCGGUCCUGGGAGUUUCGAUAAAAUAAAACUCAUUGGAAAAGGGGAUGUGGGAAAGGUUUAUUUGGUUCGUGAGAAGAAGUCAAAUCGUCUCUACGCUAUGAAAGCAGUUCUCAGCAAGAAAGAAAUGAUUAAACGGAACAAGAUCAAGCGAGCUCUGGCUGAGCAAGAAAUCCUCGCUACCAGCAAUCACCCAUUCAUUGUUACGUUAUAUCACUCUUUCCAAUCCGAAGAGCAUUUAUACCUAUGCAUGGAAUACUGCAGUGGUGGAGAGUUCUUCCGAGCAUUACAAACCCGACCGAACAAGUGCGUUGGCGAGGAAGAUGCUCGAUUCUAUGCAGCUGAAGUUACAGCUGCGCUGGAGUAUCUGCAUUUGAUGGGUUUUAUAUACCGAGAUUUGAAACCCGAGAACAUCCUUCUGCAUCAGUCCGGUCAUAUCAUGUUGUCAGAUUUCGACUUAUCCAAACAAUCGGAUUCUGGAGGUGCCCCUACGAUGAUUUUGGGGACUCGCAAUGCUUCCAAUCCAACAGGAUAUCCCCUGGUGGACACCAAGUCUUGUAUCGCCGAUUUCCGCACCAAUUCGUUCGUCGGCACUGAAGAAUACAUUGCUCCCGAGGUUAUUAAAGGCAACGGGCAUACGAGUGCAGUCGAUUGGUGGACUCUAGGAAUUCUGAUCUAUGAAAUGUUGUUUGGAACAACUCCGUUCAAAGGCAAAAAUCGCAAUGCCACAUUCGCGAAUAUUCUCCGAGACGAGGUUCCUUUCCCAGACCAUUCCCACUCGACCCAAGUGAGCAAUUUGUGUAAAUCUGUGAUCCGCAAGCUGCUGAUCAAAGACGAGGUCAAACGGCUAGGAUCUCGUGCAGGCGCCUCGGAUGUCAAGAGUCAUCCGUUUUUCCGCCCUAUAACCUGGGCACUUCUUCGACAUAUGAAGCCGCCGAUGAUCCCACACCAGGGUCGUGCAAUUGACACGCUGAAUUUCCGAACAGUCAAGGACAGCGGCAGUGUGGAGAUUGGAGGGACGACCACUGUGCUCAAAGGUGUGCCUCUUGACUCGGGGAUGGUGACUCCUGGGGGAGAAAUCGCAGACCCAUUUCUCGAGUUUAACAGUGUUACGCUACACCACGACGACGAAGAUACGAUCAUGAUGCAAGAUGGUGGGCAAGCGACCAACCGGCGGUGA